GAUGUUGUCGACACCGAUGCCAUUUGUCAUUUGUCAUUUGUCAUUUUGAGCGACUUUCGCCUGAAAGUUCUGUAUAUGAAAAUUUCUUUCUGUUCAGAGAUAUCAGCAAUAUUUUAGCUUAGUUUUAGCUAGAAAUAAGUCUUCACUUGUUAUAGUAACGACAGACAUGAAGCCGCUCAUUCUCAAUGGCCAUGAGCGUACCAUAACGCAAAUAAAAUAUAACCGAGAAGGAGACCUACUCUUUUCCGCCUCGAAAGAUAACAAACCCAAUGUUUGGUAUUCUCUCAACGGGGAAAGGUUAGGAACCUUCAAUGGGCAUCAGGGGGCUGUCUGGUGCAUUGAUGUGGAUUGGACAACCACCAAAUUUAUGUCGGGUGGUGGUGACAACAGUUGUAAAAUUUGGGACUGUGCAACGGGCAAAGAAACUGGCAAUAUUGUCACUCAGUCCCCAGUCAGAAGCUGCCUGUUCAGUUACUCAGCUAACAUGGCUGUGUACACAACUGACAAAGCAAUGAAGCAACCGUGCGAAAUCUUUAUAAUUGAUGUCCGUACUAUUGAUGACAGCUUCUCAAAGCAAGAACCAAUUUUGAGAAUUCCCAUCAGCGGCUCAAGAGUCUCCUCGAUAUUAUGGGACAACUUAGAUGAAACCUUAAUAUCUGGGCAUGAAAAUGGGGAGAUUAUCCAAUGGGAUUUGAAGACCGGCAAGAAACUCAACAGCAUUACGGAACAUAGCCAGUUAAUUAAUGAUAUGCAGUGGAACAAGGACUGUACGAUGUUUAUAACUGCGUCCAAGGACCACACGGCCAAGCUAUUUGAUGCUCAAAAGCUCAUGUUGUUAAAAACAUAUAAAACCGAACGUCCAGUAAACUCAGCAGCCAUAAGUCCAAUAGCUGAGCACGUAGUAUUGGGUGGAGGGCAGGAAGCUAUGGAAGUAACCACCACUAGUACACGAGCUGGCAAAUUCGACUCCAGGUUUUUCCAUUUGGUGUUUGAGGAGGAAUUUGGUCGGGUUAAAGGCCACUUUGGUCCGAUUAACAGCGUGGCCUUCCAUCCGGAUGGCAAAUCGUACGCUUCAGGAGGAGAAGAUGGUUAUGUUAGGGUGCACAAUUUAGAUUCGUCAUACUUUGAUUAUAACUUCGAUUACUAAAGCGACUAACAUAAUUUGAAUAAUAUUCUAAUAAACUUUUUUGUAACAGUAACUAGA